GCAUGGGAAGUUAGGGAGGCUUGGAUGGGUUGGGAGGGGAAGGCCUAUAAAUUCAGUGUAGGACUGGAGAGCUGCACCCAUCUUAAGCCAAGUUAGACCAGCUCUGAGCUUAAAACCUUCUCUGGCUUCCACUAUGGAUAUUCCCAUUCAGUACCCCUGGUACCGCCGUGGGUUCCCAAGCCGGUUUUCUGACCUCUCCUUGGCAGAACCUCUUGCUGACUGGCCACUGGUGUGGCCCUUCUCCUGGUCCUUACCCUGGAUGCGACCUUCAUUUAUGCGCUGGUUCAACUGGCCAGAAAAUGGACACAGUGAGAUGCGGAUGGAAAAGGACCGCUUUGUUAUUUAUCUGGAUGUGAAGCAUUUCUCGCCCGACGAGCUGUCCGUCAGUGUUAGCGACGAGUUCAUCACCGUGCACGCUAAGCACGAGGACAGACAGGAUGAUCACGGCUUUGUGUCAAGAGAGUUUCUGAGGAAAUACAGGCUUCCAUCUGGCGUGUUAGGGGCCGACAUCACCUCCAAUCUGUCAUCUGAUGGUGUGCUAACAAUCACGGCGCCUCGGCCAUGUCUUGGGCCAGACUGCAACAUUCCCAUCUCAUUUGAAGAUGGCUCACAGAAACAAAAAAUGUAGAGUAUCCUGACAGCCCUGAUACUGAUUAAGUACUAACCCACCACUACUUGUUUAUAUGUUGGCAUUUUGGUUAACAUAAUAGGUCAGACAAGUUGGAAAAAAAUGCAAACAUAACCUGCUGACUUCCAACUUACAAUCACUGAUGGAUUUAGAACAUGGUAACCUC